AUGAGUGCCGCCUUUUCCCCUGGCGGAGGCUAUGGUUACUGUGGAAAGGCGAACCACAACACUCAGGCUUGUUUCCAGCAGAUGAGAGAUCAGGGUAUUCCACCCCGGAUGCACCGACCAUUGCAGAACCAGACAGUAGCAAGGGAAGCGUCUAGGCCUCAACAGCCCAGACAGUGGCCCCCACAUCAGCCGAGGGCUCCCCCUGCGCGAGUAUAUGUUGUCGCCGGCACAGAGGCUGGACAGGACUCCCUCCAAACCAUUCAUGGUACCACCCACAUUAACGGUACCCCUGUACUCACUUUAUUUGAUUCUGGUGCAACUCUAUAUUUCAUUGAUUCUGCUAUUGCUUCUAUAUUAGAACUGAAUACAACUCGGAUGCAUGCCCCCUUAGUUGUAGCAUCCCCUAUGGGUAAAUUUGUAGAAACCGAUAAAAUGUGUAGAGCAUGUCCCAUCACACUCGCAAGUUGCAAGGUUACUGUGGACCUAAUUAUCAUGCCGAUCAAGCAAUUUGACAUCAUCCUCGGGAUGGACUGGCUCACGUUGGUACGUGCAAUCAUGGAUUGUCGCAACAAAACGGUGACAAUAUCCAUCCCAGGGCGUGCCUCCUUCACCAUGAAAGGAGGGGGUAGGUGCCGAGAGUUCGAGAGCUUGCAGGCUCUAGAGGAAGCCGAGUCAACAGAAGUCACCAUUAGUCGGAUACCAGUAGUCUGA